AUGACCACUAGGAGUAACAAAAAGAGGCAAAAGGAAGACAUGAAAUUCUCAAUAGGCUACAGCAAAGACGUUUAUGAGAACCCCACAGGUUCUGCCAGCGUCGUUGGCGACACAAGCCAUAAUUAUGAAGAGGAGACUGUGGAGGAAAGCGAUGAAGAUGUGGAUAUGCAAGACAUGCAAGACAAUUCCAAUUCGCCCCGGAACAACCGGAAUGGAAAUUGUCGAAAUAUUGACCCUACAAUGGCUGUUUUACCACCUAAUUCUAAGGGGAUAGAGGGGGUAUUCCCAGAGAUUAUCAAUUCUUUUGUUGGCUUCCCAGUUACAUAUGCUACGAAUGGCCCUGCACCAUAUACUAGCGAGAGCUCUCUUGCUGUAAUAACUACACCCAAGUUCACAGAAUGCCAGCUAAAUAUUAUAGAAAUCCGAAGGCUUGCUCAUACUCAAAAUUUAUUACUGAAAACCAAAAAGGUGUCUGAACCUGGAAAUACCCACGUUGCACAACGGGUCAAGGGCCACGGUAUUCUUACAUUCAAUGAAGCUUGUAUUUAUUACUAUGAUCAUACUAGCAGGGAAGCAAUUGCGAAUUGUCCUUAUUAUAUUUCCAAGGCCACCGGUGAAACAUACCCUGAGUCAAUUAUAUUUUGUUCGCCAGUCACGACUUCCCGAUAUAUUAUCGGUUCUGAAUCAGGGUCCCUCUAUUAUGUGGAUAUCUCAUUUCACGAGAACAAAAGUACCGUAGAGGACUCUCAUAGUUCUAAUGGUGUAAAAUUGGAUAUCGAAAUUUCUUGUUUCCCACUGGCAAUUAUUUCCGGGGCAAAUAACGUUAUUCAUCUUGGUGGAUCAUACUUCAUGGUCACAAGUCACGUUAAUGCACCAAUGUUAAUUGAGCUUGAUGUAACGCGUCUCAAUGAAGGGUUGUUUGAAGAAUUUGUAGAGGGGUCUACCAUCGUACCUGAUUUUGUUACUCCCUAUCGAGUAAUAUAUCAACUUGACAAUUUGGGUCCUAUUUUAGACUUUUAUGUCCAAAAUGAUGUAAGUACUUCUGCAAAUCAGAUUAUUGCUUGCUCUGCCGGGGGUACUAUCAAAAGAAUAACAUGUGGAAAUUUGCCUAGCGGAGUUUCUGAAUUUGUCCCAGUUGACCAUAUCCAAAAUAUAUGGUCUGGGGUUGAUGCACACGGGCAGCUCCUCAUUGUUGUUGGCUGUAUUGGCGAAACGAGGAUAUUUGUUUUAGAUGAGAACGAUCCUUUUUUCGUCAAGUCUGAGCUACUAGAAUAUAAUGGACUAGAUCUGAAUACGGAGACAUUAUAUUUUGGUACGAUGGAGACAGGUACCACCGUUUUUCUUACGGAGAGCAACAUUGUGGUGUUCCCAAGGAGAGGCGUGGAGAUUCUCAAUCCAAUAUCAUUAACACCGUCCAAUGAUGGUUCAAAACUAGUCAAAGCUGAGAUUUGGAAAGAUAUGAUAGUAGUCACCACCAGGAACACAUUGUUGCUGUUUCGAUACCGGGCAGAUACUCUAUCAUUGGAGCAGAUAUCUGAUAUAUCGCUUGUCACUGUGGGCCAUGAAAUAUCAGACCUAUCUUUUGUUUCUGGUUAUAUCCUCGUAAGCUUUUGGCAUUGCACUGAGCUCCAUUUGUAUCGGGUGUCUGACAAGAAAAAUAAAAUUAUUCAUGUCCGAACCAGUGACCUGGCAGAUCCUUCAUGUUUGCUUUCUAAGGUGGCUUUAAAAUCUCCAGGAAUCCGAACUGUUCUUUUGAGAGGGUCCAUGUCGCAUGAGGAUGAAAUCAUGGAUAAGUUGAAAGCAUACGUUGGUUUGAGCGAUGGCAAGAUAAUCGUGUUUGAGGAUCUCACCCUGAGUAAAGGCAAGGAUUAUAUCUUGGGCCGCUUUCCUGUUGGGUUGGUUGCUCAUAACGAACUACUAUUUGCAAUAUCGGAUACAUUAUCAGUUUCGAUAGAUACGGACUACAAUUUUAAAUCGAUAGGAGGUAUUGAAGCAUCACCCCGAACGGUUCUUAAAGUAUCAGAAGAUGAGGGUUCAUUUGCUGUAGCCUUGGGUAAAGGGUUCCAACUUAUUCAGUUGAACGACCUUCAAGACGUGCAGAUUGACGAAAUUGAUCUAUCAAUUAAGUCGCCCACACAACCUCUACCACUAUCUGUGAAACCUAUAGACGACCAUCUGGCACUUGUUCUUUGGGAAAACCGGAUUCUCGAAACUGUCGAUACAAAGAAAAUGAAGAGUGUUGGUGAGUUUUGUCUACUUUUUAACGAAGAGUUUUCCUCUUUGGGUAUAGUGGAAAAAGACGGCUUUAAGUACUGUUAUAUUGGGGGUGAGCGCGAGGCAAAGAAGCCAUUAUUUUCCACAAUUGAUUGGGAGAAUUACAACGUGUCGAGAUCUGUUGCCACUAAAGGGAACGACGCAUUGAAAUUUGGAGUGGUUAGGCGGUACAUGUUGUCUGCGGACGGUAUGCCUGUACCAGAUUCGUUGCAAACGGUUCAAACAAAUGGUGCUGUAUAUUCCAUGUUUACAGAUGGAGACGUGGCACUACUUGGAGUACAAUCAUCAGUAAGUAAAAAUAGGAUGAAUGGAAUAUCUUCCGCAUCUUCUAACAGUCUCGCAGAUUAUCCCUCUACCAUUCAAAAGCAAAGAGAUCUCAGCUGA